AUCAAGAAACUGUGUUUUGUGAGUGUGUAUGUUUUGUAGAGAGAGAAUCCUAAAUUUGUUAAAUGGCAGGAGAGUCUUCAUCAAAUCUAAGCAUAAUUGUUCACAAAAAUCCUUCUGAAUCUCAUCUUUCUGAACUGGGUAUCAAAUCAUGGCCCAAGUGGGGAUGUUCGCCAGGGAAGUACCAGUUGAAGUUCGACGCACAAGAGACAUGCUAUUUAUUAAGAGGAAAAGUCAAAGUCUACCGGAAAAAUUCGUCGGAGAUGAUAUCGGAGUUUGGUGCCGGCGACCUAGUUAUCUUACCAGAGGGUCUGAGUUGCACUUGGGAUGUCUCCGUUGCCGUCGAUAAACACUACAAGUUUGAAUCUUCUUCUUCUUCAUGAUAACAAUAGUAAUAGUUAUAUGUUUUCUAAUUAUUUCCAUUUUUAAUUAUCUUAUGUUCAUAAUAAUUUAAUCGUUAGAUGUAAUUAUUCCUGAUUAAGGCUCUCCCUCUUUCUUCUAAA